UAUCAGAAAACCCUACAGGGAAGGGUGCGUUAAGUUUGAGAGAGAAUGCUGCUUACACCUUUCCUUACUAGGAUUCAGUCGCUGUAAGAUGUGUUAAACGAGAAGGGAGACCACGGCCAUAACUCGAAAUCUCACCUCUUUUGCUACCAACCAGCAUUGCUUUUAGCGCCAACCUUUUUCUCAGGCACUUUAGUAGCCACCAGUAGGGGCCUCGGUUGCACAGCGGUGACGCAAUUGCUGCGCGCCGGCAGAGACUCGAGGAGUCGGUCAGGUUGUUUCAAUGUCUGUGCGUGGCUGCGCGCGGCUGCUUUCUCGGCUCUCGCCUGGCUCGCUCCGCUAUGGUGGCUCCGUCGCUCUUCGGACCCGGCGGGGCUUCCCGAACGGGGCAGCCGCCGCCUCUUCUUCUUCUUCCUCCUCUGACGGAGGCAACUCUGGCGCUAGAGCGCCGGACACUUCCUUGUUCGUGCCGCUCCCUGUGUCCAGCUUGCCGCCUGGCCCGGAGGGGGAUGUCGGUGCCGAACUCACGCGCCCGCUCAAUAAGAGUGAAGUCCUGAAAAUGCUAAAUAUAUUUUACAAGAGGAAAGAGAUACAAAGACUGGGAGCUGAAAAUGGUCUAGAUGCUCGUCUCUUUCAUCAAGCGUUCAUAAGCUUUAGGAAAUACAUUAUGGAGUCAGGUUCUUUGAGUCCUGAUGUGCACAUUAUUCUAAGUGAUAUAUGCUGUGGUGCAGGGCACGUUGAUGAUCUGUUUCCAUUUUUCAUGAGGCACGCUAAGCAAAUAUUUCCUAUGCUGGAAUGUAUGGAUGAUCUGCGUAAAAUCAGUGAUUUAAGAUUGCCACCCAACUGGUAUCCAGAAGCUAGAGCUAUCCAGAGAAAAAUUGUCUUUCAUGCUGGCCCUACAAAUAGUGGAAAAACCUACCAUGCAAUCCAGAGAUAUUUAGCAGCAAAAUCAGGAAUAUACUGUGGCCCUUUAAAGCUGUUGGCACAUGAAAUCUUCCAAAAGAGUAACGAUGCUAAUGUGCCAUGUGACUUGGUAACUGGGGAGGAACGAGUCUGCGUUGAUGCUGAAGGCAGACCAUCUGCUCACGUUGCCUGUACUAUUGAGAUGUGUAGCGCUAACACACCCUAUGAAGUGGCUGUGAUUGACGAAAUUCAGAUGAUCAAAGAUCCUUCUAGGGGUUGGGCCUGGACGCGAGCACUCUUAGGACUCUGUGCAGAAGAAAUCCAUGUUUGUGGUGAAGCUGCAGCUAUUGAUUUGGUGACGGAGCUCAUGUAUACUACAGGGGAGGAGGUUGAGGUGAGAAACUACAAGAGGCUUACCCCUAUAAAGGUACUGGAUCAGGCACUUGGAUCUCUAGAUAAUCUUCACCCAGGAGAUUGCAUUGUCUGCUUUAGUAAGAAUGAUAUUUAUUCAUUGAGUCGGCAGAUUGAAGGACGGGGACUGGAAUGUGCUGUUAUAUAUGGAAGCCUUCCGCCAGGAACAAAACUUACCCAGGCAAAGAAAUUCAAUGAUCCUGAUGAUCCAUGUAAAAUCAUGGUUGCUACAGAUGCCAUUGGAAUGGGACUAAAUUUGAGCAUAAAAAGAAUAAUUUUUAACUCUCUAAUUAAGCCGGUUGUCAAUGAGAAGGGAGAGAAGGAAAUGGAUACGAUUACAACAUCUCAGGCUCUACAAAUUUCAGGCAGAGCUGGAAGAUUUGGCACUGUGUUCAAAGAAGGGGAAGUCACUACUAUGCAUCAUGAUGACCUUGUAUUGCUAAAGGAAAUCUUGAAUAAAUCAGUGGAUCCCAUAGUGACUGCUGGCUUGCAUCCCACAGCUGAGCAGAUUGAAAUGUUUGCAUAUCAUCUUCCUGAUGCCACUUUAUCAAAUCUAAUUGAUAUUUUUGUGAGCCUCUCUCAAGUCGACGGCCUCUACUUUGUCUGCAAUGUGGAUGACUUCAAAUUUCUAGCCGACAUGAUUCAGCACAUCCCACUUAACUUGAGAGCAAGGUAUGUCUUCUGCACAGCACCAAUCAACAAAAAGCAGCCUUACGUGUGCACCUCACUGUUAAAGUUUGCACGGCAGUUCAGUAGAAACGAACCUCUGACAUUUGACUGGCUGUGCAGGCAUAUCAAGUGGCCCCUGACUCCACCCAGGAAUAUAAAGGACCUUGUACACCUUGAAGCUGUUCACGAUGUCCUUGAUCUCUAUCUUUGGCUGAGCUAUCGAUUUAUGGACAUGUUCCCAGAUACUGCCCUUGUGAGGGACAUCCAGAAGGAGCUGGAUGACAUUAUACAAACUGGGGUGCUUAACAUUACAAGGCUGAUCCGAGUUUCAGAAACUGCUUCUGGGGCUGUAGUUGUUCCAGAUGAUUUUCCUCUUCAGAGGGCUAGUGUCAGUGAUGGCAUGUUGAAUGUAGAAGACCUCCCAGCAGCUGACAAAGAGCCUUCCCCACGUGAAAUGAAAGCCCAAGGGCAGCGAAGAGCAAGAGGAUCUAAAGCAGUGGGCUAUAGGCCUGCUGAAGCACGAAUGGACCCCCAGGGACGAGUCCAGGGUGUGCUAGCUGCUAGAUUAAUACGACAAGGUCUCCUCACCCAGGAUAUGCUGAAGCAACUGGAGCAUGAGUGGCUAGCUCAUCGCCAUGGCAAUGCCAAGGAUGCUGCUCAAAAUGUAGAGCCAGACAAACACAAAGGGGGAAAAAGAGAAUGAAUGGGACAUUUUUGCACAAUAAAAAUGAUUUAAUUAGCA